CUGUUGUAGACAAAAACUGAAGCAACAUGUACAAGUGACCCAAGAUCAUUUGUUUUGUUUUGCUUAUGGGCAGGGUUACCCAGAAAUAACAGUAGUGUUGCAUCAUCACUCUUUAAGAUGUAUAGGACUCUCCUGACGUGACAGUAACAGUUGAACGUAUGAGGAUUUACAAACAGAAAGACAUUUGACACAAACUGCUGCAACACUUCUACCUCAAACAACAAGCAGAUUAGAUCGUACAUGACCGAUUAAAAGUGAGGAUCUGUGUGUGCAGUCAUGGAUGGGAGUGUGUUCGUGCUGCUUCUGCUGUCAGGGCUCCUAUGCAGAGGUUCUGGUAUUUUUCGUCAGUACUACUAUAUAAAAACAGCAAUGACGUGGCCAGAGGCUCAGCGUUACUGCAGAGAGAGAUUCAUUGAUCUGGCUACUGUAGACAGUAUGGAUGAUGUGAACAGGCUGGUAAAUGUAGUGGAUGCUGGAUACAAUGGAUCCGUUUGGAUUGGACUGAAGAGGGCAACACAGACCCGCUGGGCUUGGUCUAAUGGAGAAAACAAAACUUCAGAGUACUUCAACUGGGCUCCAGGACAGCCAAAUGAGGGUGCUUAUUGUGUAUCGACAUAUAACGGAUAUUGGUAUGAUGCACUAUGUAGCACUUUACGGUAUUUUACAUGCUACAAGGGAAAUGCUACAUACAUAAUACAGACUGCUAAAAACCAGAGCGAUGCUCAGAGCUACUGCAGACAGUAUUACACAGACCUGCCCACCGUCCACAACUCUGAGGAAAAUGACCAGAUUACUAGGAUUAUAAAACCUUCUAAUAACUUCUGGAUCGGUCUGUUCCUGGACUCUUGGGAAUGGUCUGAUACAUGGAGUCGCUUCUUCAGACACUGGGCAGCAGGUCCACCAUUAGCAUCUGGGGACUGUGUUGGCAUGUCCAGAACCAACUCUGGCAGAUGGGCUCAGUACAGCUGUAGACAACGGACUCCUUUUAUCUGCCAUGGAAGGCCUGUUGUACCCGAGUACCAGUUCAUGAAUCAAAGCAUGACAUGGCUGGAUGCUCAGAGUUACUGCAGAGCGAGGUUCACUGAUCUGGCCGCUGUAACAACUAUGAAUGAUGUGAACAGACUGGUAAAUACAGUGACUCCUGGACGCAGUGGUUCAGUCUGGAUAGGUCUCCAUGCUGUGGAGGUGAAACGCUGGGUCUGGUCUAUGGGGGACAUCUCCCAGGAAAAUAUGUGGCAUCCAGGAGAACCCAAUGGUGAUGGAGAGUGUGUGAGGAGUUUUAAUGGAAGCUGGUAUGAUGAGAGCUGCAGCACCGUCCUCCCAUUUGUGUGUUUUAAUGACAGCGCUGGUUUGAUGAUUACACAGACUGCCGUCUCAUGGAGAGAUGCUCAGAGUUACUGCAGACAACACCACACUGAUUUGGCGAGUAUCAGGCCAGAGCAGCAGAAUCUGAUUGGUCAUGAAUCAUCGCUCUGGAUUGGUCUGUUCCUGGACUCUUGGGAAUGGUCUAACCAAUGGAGCCACUUCUUCAGGCACUGGGCAGCAGGUCAACCAUCCCUGAGUUCAGGAUCUAGUAACUGUACCGGCAUGUCAUUAGCCCAUUCUGGAAAAUGGGCUCAAUACAGCUGUGAUGCACAACAGCCUUUUAUCUGCUAUGGAGAUGACAAGUUAAUCAAAAACCAGAUUGUCAGACUGAAAUUUUCCUGUACCGGGAAAUGCACACUGAAUGAUCCUUCACUACAGGCGGCCAUUCUGAAUGAGAUAAGUAAAAAGCUGAAGAGCAUGGGGCUGGAAAGUGACAGAAAAUUAAGCUGGAGAAAAGGACAAGGUGGAGAGGUGUUUCAUCAGGAGAGAAAACCUAGAGCCAGUUCAAACACUGCAUGUAAAAAGAUGUAA